AUUUCCCCAAACUACCUCCACCUCCCUUGUUUCCUCUUCAAGCCAUCCCCUUUAAUUCAUUUCCCUUUUUCUAAAACUCCUCUUUUAAUUAUUCAACGUCAGUCACGGUGCUCCAUAAAAACACAAUAUACCUUCAUUGUUUGUUUUCAGAGUUGUUGUGGUUUUCAAGUUUUAUUGUGAAGAGAAAAAAAAAGAUCGUAUGGGGAACUGUCAAGCAGCUGAGGCAGCCACCGUAGUGAUUCAACACCCGGGGAACAAGAUCGAGAGGAUUUACUGGUCUGUUAGUGCUAAUGAAAUCAUGGGUUUGAAUCCGGGUCAUUAUGUUGCACUCGUGGUGACCUCCCCGACUUUGAAGAACGAAAAUGGUACGCCGGUGAAGCAGCUCAAGCUGUUGAAACCUGAUGACACUUUGUUGAUCGGCCAUGUUUAUCGACUCGUCAGCUUUGAAGAUGUUUUGAAAGAAUUUGCUGCAAAGAAGUGCGUAAAACUUGGGAAACUGUUGAAAGGAAAUGGAGGGCUUGGGCUUGGCAUGGAGUUGAAGAGAAAGGAUUUGCCAAGAACUGCUUCCAAUAUGAAACCGAAAAUUAACUCGAAACCUGAGAACAGCAGUGAUGUUAAGGUGGAGCAGGAAGUUAAUAGAGCCGGAAGCAGCGGUGGCGGUAGGUACACGGGCAGACAUCAGGGCGGAGGUGGGCAAUGGAGGCCAGCGUUGCAGAGCAUUGCAGAGAUUGGAAUUUGAAUUGCAAUGCACAGUUGCAUAUUGCAUGCUUCUUCUGUCACUCUCUACACCAUUUCCCAGUCUCCACCAAUAAAAAGCAAGCAACUAUAUAUAUAUAUAUAUAUAUAUAUAUAUAAGCCUUUCCUUUCACUCUUUCCAACACCUUCAUGGUAUUGUUAUCUUUUUCUCGUAGAUUUUAGAGAGGUAGAGUUCGUGUUAGAUGUAAAAACCAUUUGGACUUUUAGAAGAUUACAAAUGUAAUGAUCCUUUUGUC